AAUAAAUUUGAUUAGUCAUGCUCUCCAUAUAAAAAUUAAAGAUUCAUAUUUCAAAGGCUAAAAUUUUGAAAAACCAAAAAAUUGAAAACACUAAAUUUGUUUCCUUCUUCCUUUUCACAAAACAAAUACUAAAAUUCUCCUCAUUCAUUCUCCUUCCAUAAAUUAGAAACACUCAAUUUUCCCUCUUCUUUCUCUUCCAUAAAAUUUCCCUCUUCCCUCCUUCCUUCCACAAAAAGUUGAAAACUCAAAGUUUCUCUCCGUAUUUCUCUUUCAUAAUCAAAAGAAUCCAAAUUUCCCACUUCUUUCUCUUUUCACAAAUCAAAACCACCAAAAUCCCCCUUGUUUCUUUUCUAAAAAAUUCAAGAAACCAAAUUUCCAUCUUCUUUCUUUUUUCAAAAAGUUGAAUGCAAAAGGAAAACUGGUGAGACGUAAUUAAUUUUAUUCCCUCCUUGCUCUCUCCUCUCUCCUCUUUCCCUAGGGUUUUUACGUAAUAUCUGCGAUGGCGGCCUCGUCGUCGGAAUCUGCUCCGACGACGGGCAAGGGCUCUGGGGUAAGUACUUGGGCUCAGCUACUUGACAUCCCUUAGGGAAAUUGGAUGAAGUUUCGUUCUCCAUUAGGGAUGGCAAUGGGUCGGGUUGGGGCGGGUUUUGUCAAACCCAAACCCAAACCCAUGGGUUUAUCCGCCAAAAAAACCCAGGGUAAAACCCGCUGGGUUUGAAAAACUCAAACCCAACCCAACCCGUUGGGUAUCCGCGGGUUCAUGGGUACCCGUGGGUUUUUGUGGUAAAAAAUUUACAAUAACAAGUUUCUUUCAAAAUAAAAGUUUAACAUCAAUUUUCUCAUACAAAUUAUUCAUACAAAAAACACCAAUAUAGAGCAUACAAGCAAACCGCAAAUGAUCAAUACAAAUUGUUCAAAAUUAAAGAUAAACAUCUAUAAACAAUAAUAUUAAUUGAAAGCUUCUUCCUCGUCAACUAAGUUUCUUCACUCUCCACUUCAUAAUAUCAACUUCAUUCUAAACAAUUAGAAAGAACAAAUUAUACAUGUCUCCACAAACAUAAAGAAUAUUAGUUGUUUAAGGAAAUAUUAUUUAGAAUAUUAAAUAUACGGGGAAAGUAAUUAUAUGUGUGUGGGCGGGUACCCAUGGGGCGGGUUUACCUAAACCCAAACCCAACCCGACCUGGUGAAUAGUGUAGCGGGUUUAAACCCGAACCCGGCCCAAAACCCGUCAACACGGGUUUUACCCGCGUUGACCGGGUUGGGUCGGAUGGGUACCCGUGGGUUCGGGUUUUGUUGCCAUCCCUAUUCUCCAUAGUGUGUGAAUGAUGGAUUUCGAAUUCCUCGGGAGGUGAAGAAAAAGGGGGAAGAGCGCCGGCGAGAUUGCCUCAUAGGGCAGUUCGUUGGUGCUCAACCUAAGGUGGCUCAACUUCAGACCUGGGCUACUGCAAUUUGGGGGAGAGAUGAUAUUGUCCGUGUUUCGCGUUUUGGGUCUCGUUUGUUUGUGUUUCAGUUUCCCUCUUCGUCUACAAGUAAGUGGGUUUUCCGAUCAGGUUCGUGGCAUUACCAGGGUAAUCAACUUUACCUCCGGAAAUGGUCUCCAGGAAUUAAACCAGUGACUCCGUUGGUAGAAUCACUUUUGGGUGACAAUUUGGGGUAUUCCACUUGAAUAUCAUUCGAUUGAUGGUUUGGAGUGGAUUGCUAGCACUCUGGGUCCACCUCUCUGGAUGGAUAAAACUACCAAGGUGGGAGGACAGUUGGGGUUUGCUAAGGUGUGUGUGGAUCUUUCGACGGAGUGUGGAUUCCCCUCUAAGGUACGUCUCUAUCCUGAUGAUGAUCUGUUUUUUGAUGUGGCUGUCGAGUAUCUGAAUCUGCCUAGGGUGUGCUCGCACUGUCAAGUGUAUGGCCAUGAUUGUUCAAUCUUGGCAAAUAGUAAUAAGAAGUGGGUCAUUAAGGGGGCAACCAAGUCUUCUGAUCCUAUCUCUAUAGAUGCUGAACAUGGAAUUGACAAAGUUGUUCAGGACGCUUCUGUUGAAGAUGUGGUAGUGCAGACUGAAGUGGAUAAUGGGACUGUUGAGGUAAGUUUGAUGCCUACUAAUUUGAUUUCCAAAGGGAAGGAGGUGGAUUUUAGUGGACAGGAAGCUCCUACUACUACGCCUAUCGGGAGUACUACUGCUAGUUUUGUUGAUGUUGUCCUAGGAUCAUCAGUCUAGGCCGGGAGUUUUAGUCAAUCGAAACAAAAGUUUGUUGGGACUAUCUCACCAGAUUCCGGGAGGGUAGUUUCUCAGACACGUACAGCUGAAAAGAAGAAGGAACCUAACCCAUGGAUUACUGUUGGAAGUUCUAAACAAAAGCCAUCUACACCUCGAGUUGCACCCGUUCUUCCUCGUAAAGGGGGGAGGGCCGGAAAGAAAAGAUGAAGAUUCUCACUUGGAACAUCUGGGGUUUAAUGACCCGGAUAAGAAUAAAGCUGUUAGACAGCU